AUGGCAGCCGUUGGUAAUCGAGAAGUGCUAGCUAUAACAGGGGUAUCCACAGGCUUAGGCCUUGCCAUGGUGAACUGGUACAUAUCCAAAGGCCAUUUGGUGUUAGGGUGUGCACGGUCAGCUCAAAAGAUUAAUCAGCUGAACGAAGAGUUUUGUAAAGGAGGCAAACCAAAACAGUUCUCUGUUGUUGACAUUCUCAACGAGGCAGACGUGAAACGUUGGUCACAAGAUGUUAUUUCUAGCUUUGGAGCGCCGACUUUCCUCCUUAAUAAUGCAUCUAUAAUCAACAGUAAUGCGUGUUUGUGGCAGAUUUCUGGAGAAGAGUUCAACAGUGUCAUCGAUGUCAACAUUAAGGGCACCACGAAUGUCAUUCGCCAUUUUGUGCCCGAAAUGAUAAAAGCGGGAAAGGGUGUGGUCGUUAAUUUUAGUUCUGGCUGGGGUAGAAGUGUGGCGGCGCAUAAAGCUCCAUAUUGUGCUUCCAAGUGGGCCAUUGAGGGGCUUUCUAAAGCAAUGGCGCUUGAGUUACCUAUACCGCUCACAUGUGUUCCGUUGAACCCAGGAGUCAUCAACACACCUAUGUUGGAGACAACCUUUGGAAAACAAGGUGCAGCAAUGUAUAGGAGUCCUGAAGAAUGGGCCCGAGAUGCCUGUCCAUUCAUUCUAUCCAUUGACCACUCUCAGAAUGGAAUGAGUCUUACAGCUCCAUAG